GUUCUCUAGGGGAAAGCCAAAUUCGCAUCUGGCAACACUGCUGGAGUCUACCAUUUUAUUUUAGUUAAUAAAAUAUACAUAUUUCCUAUCUUCUUUUUUCCGUUGUGCGCGUACGAAAAACAGCUGCAAAGGCUCGCGUCGAAAGUGCAAUAAACAUCAGAAAUAUUGAGCGGAAAGAGCGGCCAGCGGACGAGAUUUUCCCCGUUCCGUUUUUUUUUUCUCCACCAGACGACGACGAAUAUAUUGUAAAAGAGCAGCAGCAGCGACAGCCAGCCAGCCACCAGCAGCAGCCACCAACCUUGAGAAACACCCAGCACGGCAGCUAUAUUUCGUUUCACUCGCUCGCUUGUCUGUUGGCUUUUCACUUAACCCCGCACAAGUGCUUUUAGAAGAGAAGCCCCUAAGGCGGUGGAGCAACAGCAGCAACAGCAGCAGCCAGCCAAGAUGGACAAGAUGCGGAUAUUGAAGGAGAGCCGCCCCGAGAUAAUCGUCGGUGGCAAAUAUCGGGUGAUUAGGAAGAUUGGAAGCGGCUCUUUUGGCGACAUUUAUCUGGGCAUGAGCAUCCAGAGCGGCGAGGAGGUGGCCAUCAAGAUGGAAAGCGCCCAUGCCCGUCAUCCCCAGCUGCUGUACGAGGCCAAGCUGUAUCGUAUACUCAGCGGCGGUGUCGGUUUCCCUCGCAUCCGUCACCAUGGCAAGGAGAAAAACUUUAAUACGCUGGUUAUGGAUCUACUCGGACCAUCCCUAGAGGAUCUAUUCAACUUUUGUACGCGUCACUUUACCAUCAAGACGGUUUUGAUGCUUGUCGACCAGAUGAUCGGACGCUUGGAGUAUAUUCAUCUCAAGUGCUUCAUUCAUCGUGACAUCAAGCCCGAUAAUUUUCUGAUGGGCAUCGGCCGGCAUUGUAACAAGCUCUUCCUGAUCGAUUUCGGUCUGGCCAAGAAGUUCCGUGAUCCGCACACGCGUCAUCAUAUUUUGUAUCGCGAGGAUAAGAAUCUAACCGGCACCGCCCGCUAUGCCUCAAUCAAUGCCCAUCUUGGCAUUGAGCAAUCGCGUCGCGACGAUAUGGAAUCACUUGGCUAUGUGAUGAUGUAUUUCAAUCGCGGAGUGUUGCCAUGGCAGGGCAUGAAGGCCAAUACCAAGCAGCAAAAGUAUGAGAAGAUCUCUGAAAAGAAGAUGUCCACACCGAUUGAGGUCUUGUGCAAGGGCUCGCCGGCGGAGUUCUCCAUGUAUCUAAACUAUUGUCGUAGCCUGCGCUUUGAAGAGCAGCCGGAUUACAUGUACCUACGUCAAUUGUUCCGCAUACUGUUUAGGACGCUUAACCAUCAGUAUGAUUACAUCUACGACUGGACAAUGCUGAAGCAGAAGACCCACCAGGGUCAGCCCAAUCCAGCUAUACUCUUGGAGCAAUUGGACAAGGACAAGGAGAAGCAGAAUGGCAAGCCCCUAAUUGCGGACUAAAGUGAGGAGGAGGAUGAGGAGGGGUUCGAGAAAUCAUCAUCAUGGGCGGGGUAAAAAAAAAACAUAAGGGGGAUUAUGUGAAGAUGAUAUAAAUGCAGAAAAGAAGGAAAAACAUGCCGCAGCCGCCGCCGCAUCGAGAAAUAUCUACUAGGUGUUUCUCUUAAAUAUUAAUUUAAAAUUCAAUACCUAAACGAUUUAAGAAAAGGCAAAAUCAAGGCAAACAACAGCAAAGGCAAACCGUAAACCACACAUAAUGUGUAAUAAACAAAAUAACUAAAAAGAUGAUACCCCAGCAAAUGUGAUUCACGAGUGAAUCACUGCGAUUGAUAGUUAAAACCACACACAAAAACACCCACAACACACACUCACUGAGGAAUUUGAAUUCGAAGUAAAACGAAAAAUCAACACGAUUUAAAUUCAAAACGAUUCAAAUUCAAACUCAAAUCAAUUCGCAAACCAUACAAAACUCUACACCUGGGAAAAGACAUUUGAAAUAUUCGAAUGUUUCCAGUGUGGAGAGUGUCUCCAUACACACACACAUGUACUCUACACGAGGCAUUUGAAAAAAUUCAAUGUCUCCACACAACUCUACACAAGGCAUUUGAAAAAUUCAAUGUCUCCACACUCUCCAUACACACACAACUCUACACAAUCAUGGCUCCCCACAUAAAAAACACCACUAAAAAAAAGAAAACCACAAAAAAAUGAAAGGAGGACAAAUGGCGAAGAAAUGAAAACAAAACACUUAGCCUAAUAAAUUACGAGAAAAUAAUACUGGUAACAAAUGUGGAACGCUGUAGAGUAGCGUUCAUUUUCGAAGAAAAGCAAAACUAAAAACACAUAGUUAUAUAUAUAUAUAUAUACACAUAUAUAUAUAUAUGUAUAUAUAUAUGUGUGUGUUUAACCUUAUGCAUGUAUAUAUAUACAUAUAUAGAAGCGAAUAAAACAAUUAUGUACGCAUA